AUGUCAACGACCUUCGGAUUCGAGGGGAUGUCCAAAGCCAAUUCCGGUGGCGAGUCCGCCUCCGAGCGACGAGUCCAACGAAUUGAUGUCGUGUUCAACUUGGGGCGAGUCCGACUCCGAGCGACGAGUCCAACGAAUCGAUGUCGUGUUCAACUUGGGUUGAACGUGGCGCUUGAACUUGAAGUUGGACUCGGAGUCGGGAGUGACUCGCGGACUGGACUCUCUGGAGUCAACUUCAGGAACGGAGUCACAACCGAGGUUCAGGCAAUGCCUGCCGAUAAUCUCCGCAUCGCCUGCAACAUCGGCAUCCGAUCGGGAAAUCGAUGCGAUGCCGAUUCUCCGCAUCGGUAUUCCGAUGCGGACGAUGCGAUGCGGGGCCGCAUCGCUCACACCGAUGCGAUGCGAUAA